AUGUGUCUCCUCUGCAUCUGUCCUCUGUCGUGUGUCCGCGGCCUGCACGCGCACAGCCGCGCCCACGCCGCAGGUUUGAAGGAGAGAGGAGCCCGUGCGCCUCCUGCAGGAGAGGCCUGUCAAAGGACGCUGUCGUACCGCAGUGAUGUCCUGGAAACUGUCGUCCUAGUGAACCCUACGCAAGAAUCCGCCCACAAAGAGGUGCGUGGGCUACUCACAGACGCCUCCCGGUGGAAGCUGCUGGUACUGAGUGGACAGGGCUCAGAGCGACAGAUACGUCUGCAGACAGGAGCCAUUGGAGCCCGACGUGUUCGUGACCUCCUUUCAUCACCCGAGGUUCUCGAGUCUCUCUGUGAGUUGCCGUGCCGUUCCUCCCUUACUGUCUCCGCCCCCUCCGACCCGGAGUGGACCUGCCUCCCCCUCGCCUCCCCCCUGGACCUGCACCUGCUCCUGGACUCGCACCCCUCGGCCCCUCCCCCCUGCGACACCAUGGACGGCGUGAGCGAGUUCACGGAGUACGUGUCGGAGACGGUGGACGUGCCCUCACCCUUCGACCUGCUGGAGCCCCCCAACUCGGGCGGAUUCCUCAAACUCUCCAAACCUUGCUGCUACAUCUUCCCCGGUGGCCGAGGAGACUCCGCCCUCUUUGCCGUUAACGGAUUCAAUGUUCUAGUGGACGGUGGCUCUGAGCGCAAGUCCUGCUUCUGGAAACUGGUGCGGCACCUGGACCGGAUCGACUCGGUGCUGCUCACACACAUCGGCGCCGACAACUUACCCGGGAUCAAUGGGCUUUUCCAGCGCAAGAUCGCGGAGAAGGAGGAGGAGGAGAAGAACAGGGGGAGCAACGGGGACUGGGCCAAGAACCUGAUCUCUCCCGAACUUGGCAUUGUGUUCUUCAACGUCCCGGAGAAGCUUCGCACUCCAGAGUCCACGCUGAAGGCCAAACGCAGCAUCGAAGAGGCGUCUCUCACACUGCAGUACCUUAACAAACUGGGAAUCACCCCAGAACCUCUCCACCGUGUGGUCAGCAACACCAUCGAGCCCAUCACGCUGUUCCAUAAACUGGGAGUGGGCAAACUGGACAUGUACGUGUUGAACCCAGUGAAGGAGAGCAAGGAGAUGCAGUUUCUCAUGCAGAAAUGGGCUGGCAAUAGCAAAGCCAAGACCGGAAUUACUUUGUCCAACGGGAAAGAGGCGGAGAUCUCUGUUCCGUAUUUGACUUCGGUAACUGCGCUCAUCGUUUGGAUUCCGCACAAACCCACGGAGAAGAUUGUGCGUGUGCUGUUCCCUGGAAAUGCUCCGCAGAACAAGAUCUUCGAAGGUCUGGAGAAGCUCAAACAUCUUGACUUCCUGCGGUUUCCGGUUGCAACAGAAAAAGAUAUUGCGACCGGUGCUCCUCCACCGAUCCUUAAGCAGACCAAGAUGCGCUCACGAACGGACAGCAAGGAGAGCCUGAAGUCCUCGCCCAAACCUAAGGCCAAGAAAGAGUCAACGAGCCACGAUGAAGAGAAGGAGGUGAAGCCGGAGAAGGAGAACAAAGUCGUGGAGAAAGCAAAGCCAGAGAUCCCCAAGGAAAAUAAGGAGAAGAAAGAAAAGGUCAGUUCUAAAGCGAGCAAACAGAAGAAGAACACAGAAGUGGAGAAGAGCAAAAUCACCAAAGAGAUCGGCAAGAAAAAAGACGACGAGAAGCCGAAGAAGAAGGAUGAGGACAAGAACAAGAAGGAUAAACCAGAGAAGAAAGACAAAGUAAAGAAAGACGAGACGAAGAAGAAGCCAGAACUGCGGAAAAUCACCAAACCCGACCUGAAGCCACUGACUCCCGAGGUGCGGAAGACGCUACACAAGGCCAAAGCUCAGGCCAAACCCAAGGCAGAGAAAAGCAAAGCCACCAAAGAUGACGGAGUGGAGAAGAAGGUGAUUAAGAAGAAGAAGAAACCAGCUGAGCCAGUGCAGAAAGCCCAGGAGGCGACCAUGGAGCGCUCCAGUGUCUCCACGCCAGAAGACCUCACGCAGGAGUUUGAGAAGUUGAAGCAGGAGGAGGUGCAUGAGCAAGAGAGACCAAAGUCAGAGGAAAAACAGGAGCAAGUCCAGGAAACCAAGCAAAGCUUGAAGAAGAGCGAAAGUUCCGAAGACGAAGACGUGAUUGAAAAAGCUGAAGUGGAAAACACGGAAGAAGCCGAGAUUGUAAAAGGCAAAUCCGACGAAACAAAGUCCGACCAGUUCUCGUACAUCCAAGACGAGACCAUCCCAGCUUUCUCAGAGACGGAGCAGACAAUCUCGGACGAGGAGGAAAUCCGUGAGGAGACCACGGAAGACCGAUUCUUGAGCUAUGACGUGGGAGACGUAUGUGUGCCUGACAUCCCGGGGAGCUUCGCCAGUGUACAGGGCGUGCAGCAACCCAGAGACGCGAAAAGCAAAGCCUCCUUCCAGUUUUCUCAGCAGGAGCAGGAGCUGGCACCCUUCCCCGUGGUCAUCUCAGCGCCGCUUGCCGAAGAGGAGCAUGUGUCAUCAGCCACUUCCAUCACAGAGUGCGAUAAGCUAUCGUCUUUUGCUACUGAGGACCAGUCAUACAAGCAGACGGAGGCCAACAACCAGCUAGCCAAAUCCGCACUUGCUAAGGACUACCUUCACUCCGCUGGAACGAUUUCACCCACGUCAUCUCUGGAAGAUGAUAAAUGCUUCAAGUCACCUUCGUCGGAUGAACCUGCAGUCCCAGAGAUGGACACCAGGGGCAGGGAGGAGGAUGAGGAUGAAGAGGAAGAGGAUGAGACUCCCAAUGUGGAUAUUCCUCUGGGGAAACUUCAGGAGGGAUAUGAGCUGAAGAGCAGGCAGGAGCAGGAGACCAAACCAGCGCUGACCCGGACCAUGGAGGAGCAAAUGGAGAAGAAGGAUUUCACUGCCUCAAAACAAGAAAAACAAGAUGAUUUCUCAUUCAAAUUGGAGAAAGAUGUUACAGCAAAGACCAGUCCGCCUUCCAAACCAGUCCAAUCUGAAACAGCUCCAUCCCCACCAGCAGAGAAAGUAGAGUUGUCUACAAAAGUGGACGCAGCUAAACUGAAAGAAGAAGGUAUUGCAUCAAAAUUAGACGAAGAUGUUGGACCAGUUAUUACCAAACAAGGAGGUUCUGAAGUGAUUACAUCCAAACCAUCAGACAAAGUAGAAAGUUCGCCUCCACAACUAGACGUUUUUGCAGCUAAACCAAAAGAAGAAAGUUUAGCUGUGACAUUAGACAAAGAUUUCCACACAACUACUUCUAAAGAGUCGCAGGAAGUAGAAGUUUCACCAACAAAACUAGAUGUUUUUGCAGCUAAACCAAAAGAAGAAAGUUUAGCCGCAAAAUUAGACAAAGAUCUUGGAACGACUGUGUCCAAACAGUCGGAGAAAGUAGACGUCUCUCCAACAAAACUAGACACAACUCAAUCUAAACCAGAGACGAUAGCAUCAUGCUUAGACAAAGACGACAGCUUCAAGACCACGAAACAAGAUGAGGUCCAGCCUGGUCCUCCUCCAAAGCUCGAGGAAUAUUCCAGAGAUGAACCAGAAGCAACAAAACCAGAGUCUCCUCCCAAGUUGGAAGCAGAGAAAAGUUUUUCACCAACAGAAGGAAAAGUAGACAGUUCGAAAAACAUUGAGCAAAGUUUCACAAAACUGGAUGAUGUCAAACCAGAUCAAGACAAAGAGGCCAAAGCCAAACCUCCUUCACCUCUGACGUACGAGCUGAAAUUUGACGAUUUUAGACCAAAGUUUGAAAAAGAGGUCUCGAAACCCUCCUCUCCGCCCACGUUUGAAGUCAAAUUUGACGAUAUUAAACCAAAAUCGGAACAAGAAGCAACAGAAAAAGUAGAUUCACCUCCAAAAUACGAGAGUUUUAUGAAAUUGGAUGAUUCCAAACCCCAACAGGAAAAAGAGGACAUUUCCAAACCAUCUUCUCUCAAACAUGUUGAACAAAGUCUUGGGACCAAAGAAGACGACUUAAGACCAAAAGAUGAGAAAGUGGAUCCAGCGAAGCCAGACCCACCACCAAAAUAUGAGACCGUGCAAAGUCCCUCCGUGAAAUUUGAGGAUUUCAAAUCGAAAGACGAAUUGAAGAAACCGGAUUCUCCUGAAUUGGAAAAGCAACCAAAAACACCUGGCAUCGAAUCUCAGUUACAAAAAGAGGUCGAUAUUUCAGCAAAACCUCAACAAGAAGUCGGUGUUCCUCCCAAGUCUCCGGAGUGUCCCGGUUUAGACACGAGACGAGACAGCGACGACAACAGCAUGGUCAAACUUGCGACUCCUAACGGCAAAACAGAUGUGGAGAAAGGUGGAGAAAAGGCUGUGACCAUCUCCAAAGACACAUCAUACUUUGGGACAUUCGGGGCUUCUGUCGAUUCACAGUCGGAGGAAGAAGAGGAUGAAGAGGAGGAAGAAUCCUACAGCACAAAGGAGCUGCAGCUGACAGUGAAAGCCAAGCUCAUGGAGGCCAAAGAGGGCCGCUUCCUGGACGAGGACUUCAGCACAAAGAAGGAAAAGACGCAUGAAUAUUCAGACGACGAAGACGAGAAACGGGAUGAUGUUGUGGAGAGUGAGGAGAAAAGGGACGAAGAUAAGAGCGUGCGUUUUGGUGCAGGCGACUUCCCCGAAAAAGAAAAAAAGACUGAGAUGUACAUGCGCCAAGACACGCCGUAUGUUCACGGGAAAACCUUCAGCUACGGCUCGGUGGACUCUGAGUCGUUCAGGCGGGAGGAGAAGUGCGACGACAACAAAGACCACGAGGAGCUGCGAGUGAGGAGCUUCCCGUCCAUGGCUGACCGACCCGAGCUCUCUGCGACCUCCCUGAGCUCCGACCAAACGCAGCAGUUCCAGCAGAGUUUGGAGGUGGAUCUGCGCAAGCUGACAGCGAAGGACGAGGAGGAUUACGACGUGGAAACGGAGUCGGAGGAAGAAGAGGAGGAGACAGAAGACGAGACGGAGGAUGAAGAUGUGGAGAAAGGGGCAAAGGAGGUGUCGGAGAAAGAAGUGAAAAGUGAGGCCAAAAGUCCUUCCAAAAGUCCUUCCAAAAGUCCUUCAAAAAGUCCUCCCAACAGUACUUCCAAAAGUCCUUCUAAAAGUCCUUCACAAAGUCCUUCCCAAAGUCUUUCCCAAAGUCCUUCCCAAAGCUCAUCCAAAAGUCAAUCCCCAACAGAGGUGGACCCGAGCCGACCCGAGUUCAUACUGUCAUUUGCGGGAUAUGGAUACAGCAGCCAAGGAAAGGUCAGCUCGCCUGAAAAAACAGACCAGAGCAAAGAAAAAGAUGACAAUAUGAUGAACGGCAAAGGCCAAACCGAUAAAGUGGGAGCUGUUGAUUCGAGGGGAGCGUCACCGGGGACAAAGACUCCCCCCAAAGAACAAGAGACAUCUAAAAGUGACUUUGUGACUAAAACAACAGUGUCCGCAGGGUCUGACCAGUGCACAGAUGUAUUUAAGGAUGUGUCCAGCGCUGGAAAAGACACUACAGAAACUACAUUUACAGCAAAAACAAGUCAUGUUUCUUGUUUUGAAGCUGCAGAUAAACUACCCGCAUCCAGUUUGGGAAUUUCCGACAACUUUGACCAAAACAAACCAGACAAAACUGAGUUCUCCAGUUAUAGCGUUUCUUCUACGUACGAGUAUUCAAGCAAGGAUCUGACAGUUGACAAAGACGAGAGAAGCUCUAAAGACUUUGAUGAUACCAAUAUGAAGUCUUUUGAGGCGGCGAAACCAUUGGAAUCACAUAAAAACGGUAAGGACAAAGAUGAGUUUGGGAUCAAAGACUCCGGCAAAAUCACUGAUUUGGGAAGUAUUCCAAAGAAUACAUUUGAAACAAAAGAUUAUGAAUUUUUCCAAGACAAAAAGACCUCUGAAUCUAAAGCAGAGACAGGCCAAAAAUCCCCUGUUUCUUCCGGAUUCACGGCUUCAUCUUUGCCUUUUGAUUUCGACAAGAAAAGUCAGGAUAAAGUCGACGCUUUAGAGUCCAACAAGCAGAAGACACCUGAGACUCUGAGCAAGACCACACUUGACUCCAGCUUCCCAUAUCCAUCCACUGCUGCAUACUCUUCCUCCUCUGCGUACAGCUACUCCUCAUCCACCUCGGGCUCCCUGUCCAUGACCACCAGCCGACAAUUUGCGGAAGAGCUGGAGACCCCGGCGUCCGAAUCCCCCACUUCAGAACGCGUGAAGGAUGAUUACUUAGAAGUUCUGGAAGAGACCAAAUCAUCUGCGCAGACAAAAGAGAUGCAGGUGAAGUCCGAGUGCUUCUACAAACCGGAGAAAGCCGAGGAGUUCGGGCUCUAUGCUUCCGAGUCAUCCAAAGACAGGUUUGGGAUGCCGUCCAUGGACACGUCUGGAUUCGGAGCAAUUUCCAAUCCGAAAUUGGGGGAAUACAGUCUCUACACCGCAGACGUGUCGCAAGAGAAGUACGGUGGAUUCCCCAAGUUCUCCCCAGAGGAGUUGCAAAAACAGAAAGACCUGGCCGAGCAGGCGUUCGGGUCGGCGAAGGACAAAGGUGAGGUCUCAUACGCAGAGAUGAAAGGGUUCUCGCAGAUCUCCACGGAAAAGGAGGCGGCAAGUGCGGCACUGUUCGGCAUCACGUCUUCACCACGGCCCGAGACCGAAGGCAAGCACUACUUUGAGGAGACGGACACGAGUGAGGAAGAUGAGGAUGAUGAGGCCUACAUGAGGGAGGUUGUGCACAAGACCAGCCCCAAAGACGCAGUGGAGAAAGUUCUGCUCAGCUCCGGGAAACCAGAGACUCAGGCCAAGACCGACGAGCCGAAGACCAGCUUUGACUGGGACAUGAAGGUCAAGACAGGUCUGAACACAGGGAGGAUGCUCCCCGCAGACUCGCCUCCUCAUUACCGGCAGGAGUUUGAAGAGGAGGUGGAGACAGAACCUGAGCAUCCAGCAAGGCCACUGUCCCUAUCCCAGACAGAGGGGGGCGCCGUGUACACUUCAGUGCAGCAGAGAGUGUCUCCUCCAGCCACGUUCAGAGACCACCCACCACCCACCUCCGCCACAGAACCGAAGCUGAGUUUGACGCUGAAGGGGGCGGAGUCCUGCGGUCGUCAUGACAGCGAUGACGAUGAGGAGUGCUGUCUGGGAGCAGCAUCCAGUCGUGUGUCGCCCGGAUACUCGAGUAAACACGACCUCUCACCCUCCUUCAUCAACCCACGCGCCAUCGUGAGCGAGGAGGAAGAGGAGGAGGAGGAAGAGGAGGAGGGGGGACAAAGCAGCAUCAAGACAUCACAGGUGAGAGAGGAGGAGGAAGAGGAGGAGGAAGAGGAGGAGGGGGGACAGAGCAGCAUCAAGAUAUCACAGGUGAGAGAGGAGGAGGAGGAAGAGGAGGAGGAAGAGGAGGAGGAAGAGGAGGAGGGACAGAGCAGCAUCAAGACAUCACAGGAGCGUGGCUGCCUAUUGGCCAACGAGGACACACCCCCGACCUCUGACGAAUCAGGACACUCGGAUUCUAACGAGGAGGAGGAGGACUACAUGAGUGUGGAGAAGGCCUACGACCCGCCCCCUGUGUCCAGAGACAUGAGCCCCCGCCCCCCCCAUCCCGACGUGUGCAUGGUCGACCCCGAGGUCUGCCCCCCCCUUGGAGACCCCCCCACAGCAGAGGAUGCCAAGCCGCUCAAGAAGAAGAAGUUGAUGAAGACCUCGGGGAAGUCCUCGUCUCCCGCUCGCCGUAAGAAGUCCCCGAUGCCUCGAAGUGGAACCAGCACCAAGAAAAAAGACGUGGAGAAGAGCUCACGGGCCUCGAGGACCUCAGACCGAGAUGACGAGAUGUCCAGGGCCUCGUCCACCAUCAACAAGAACAAGACCAGCUCCCAGCGCCCCGGCUCGGGCCCGUCCCCCCCCUCGUCAGGCUUCCCCGUCUACGUGGACCUGGCGUACGUCCCAAACCACUGCUCGGCAAAGAACGUUGACGCUGAGUUCUUCCGACGCGUCCGGGCCUCAUACUACGUCGUCAGUGGCAACGACCCAACAAGCGGCGAGCCCAGCCGGGGGGUCCUGGACGCUCUGCUGGAGGCCAAGGCCAGCUGGGGGGCUAAUCUACAGGUGACGCUGAUCCCCACCCACGACACAGACGUGACUCGUGACUGGUACCAGCAGAGCCACCAGGUCCAGACUGACCUCAACGUCAUGGUUCUGGCCUCCAGCUCCACCGUGGUCAUGCAGGAUGAGAGCUUUCCGGCGUGCAAGAUCGAGUUCUAG